ACACACACACAAACAGAACGAAAAGGCGUGUUUUGUCCGCGGUCGCCGUCGAGUUCGGACGCACAAGUGCCCAAGAAGUCGUGCGGACGCAGAAGUGACGAAUUUUCGCUCGGUGGAGACGAGGAGGCGGGCAAAAAUGGCGCUGCGUGGCUGCUGUGGCCUGCUUAAAUACCUCGUGGUGCUGGUCAACCUGAUCUGCUGGUUGGCCGGUUUGUUGAUGCUGGUGCUGGCGACCUGGCUGAUCGUAAAUCCGCAGCUGCUGUUCAGACAGCAGGACAGCCAGUUCUACCUGCUGCUGUACACCCUGCUGGCCAUCGGCUCCAUCAUGUUCAUCGUGGGAUUCCUCGGCUGCACGGGCGCUUGCCGCGAGUCGCAGUGCAUGCUCGUCCUGUUCUUCUGCUUCUUACUGCUCCUCUUGGUGGCCCAAAUCGCUGCUGGAGCGUGGGCCUACACUCACGAGGACCGUCUUGACGCCCUCAUUGAGGAUAAAGUCAUGAACACGGUCAAGAAAGAGUACACCGCCGACGAGGCGCAAGCAGUCACCUUCGACAACGUCCAGAAAAUGCUGGAGUGUUGCGGCGCGAAGAACGCGGCGGACUGGGCGCUCAGCUCGUACAACCAGAAGAACCCGGACGGCGGCUACGAGAUCAUGAUCAGCUCGUCAAUCGAGUCUUAUCGCGUGCCCCCCAGUUGCUGCCUGCCCGAACUCUCCCCCGACGAGUGCGACAGAGCGACGCAACUCAAGGGUCCAAUUUUCAGCCAGCUCAAGACAAGCAUUUACACAGAUGGGUGUGCAAUGAAAAUUGUGCAGUGGAAGGAGGAGAACAAAUCGACAUUGGCACUGAUCUGCGUGGCGAUCGUGAGUCUGGAGCUGAUGGGGCUGCUCUUCUCGAUUGUGCUGUGUUGUGCCAUCCGCUCGAUCGACCGCUACAAGGCCUAAUUAACCACAUGCAAAAUACUUUCGUCCUCUCUUUCGUACCGACUGAUGAGUGUAUUUAAAAUGACAGGUUAGGCUCACUUCCCAUCCAACUCCGCGCGCGAAUUUCGGUUUUCAAUGACACACAAACCAACCAACACAACGUAUAAUAUAUGUAUUUUUGUGAAAGCAUUUGCACAAACACGCUCGUUCGUUCGAUUUGAUUCGAUUCGAGUGGUGGGUGGCUGCACAAUUUUGACAAACAACCAACUCGAUCAAAGAGGACAUGCCACGAAACGUCUGAAACAAAACAGUACCUCUAGUCUCUUGAAGUUUGGGUCAUUUGUGCUAUAUUUAUAUACAUUUAUAUUUUUAGUAAUUUUUACCGAAGCAUGCUCUCUCUCUCUCUCCGUGCAAUUUUUUCUCUUGAUGCCAAAUUCGCAGCUAUCUGAUUUUUUGCCACAGCUGACUGACGUCUAAUAAUUAUUUUAUACAUUCUUCUGUAGUAGAAUAAUACUUUUUAAACAGCAGCAGUGUUACUCCUGCCUAAAUAAACCAAAAAAACCGAAUCAUAGACACGUGUUAACGUUAGUGAUUUGGAGACAUGUUUUACAGACACACUCAACACACAAGUAUGAGAUUAUAUUUUAGCGUUAAGGCAUUCAUUUUGCAUGCUAGGAUUAUAUACAUAUACAGCAUCGUCAUAAAAUAUCGCACAAGUUUCGUUCCGACUAAAAACCUGACUUUGAUUAAUUUGUCACUGCAUUUCAAGACCAAUCUAAUUCAUUUACUCGCGGACGUCAUUGAAAGACAAGGCAUUUUUGUAAUUUCAUAAACCAUUAACAACAGAACUUGCAAUGAAUCUCAGUACAUUAAAACUGUUGAAACUGUAAUGGAAAGCCUCGGAGCUGAUGCUUUUCAUUUAUUCGGUGUUGAAAACCACGAUUUUGUAUGUUAAUCAGGGAGAUAAAAUAUAAGACCUUUACAUGGUUAGAGAAAUGUGUACAAAUGAAUUAUGACUCCACCGCAAAUUGAAGAAGUAUUAUGUACAUUUAAAAUUGAAAUAAAAACGAGUAAAACGUA